CUGAUCGUCCCAAAACCGGCGGAACGUAAUAUGGUCAAUCAUUGGGUAAACUCAGUCUUGCCAUGAAAAGAGCUACAAGUAUAAGGCGCUUUUAUAAAGUUACUAUCACAUGACAUGAGUUGCAUUCCCAGGUGAGGCCGAAAACAGUAGCGUUAGCCGCCAUCGAUACAAUACAACAUAACUUAUCAAGCUCGCUGCGUAAAAAUUGAUUCAAACUUAGUGUACGCAACUGGCGCCGCUCGAACGCGGCUCGAGCGCAGCUAUGAUUAUGAACUCAAGACGUGAUAGCGCGUGAGAAGCUAUCGCAAGUAACGAAAGCCGCGCACAUGGCUAGCUGGCUUGCGUGCUGCUUUCGCUGCACUGCUGCGGAUGCUUCAGCUGGCGGCAAGUCGCUGCCUCAGCAAAGGCAAAGCGGACGUGGAUUGUUAGUUCAUGCUGAUGAUCGGCACGGAUACAGCAGCACGGAUGAUGGCACGGUUGCGCCCUUGGAGCCGGCGGCGCCUCUGCUGUUGCCCCAGCAGGCCACCCACACCAGCUGGGACGUGGUCGCACUGGAGGCCACGCCACACGCCGUGACCGUGCUGGCUCUGGGCGGCUCCUGCUCCGGUGCAGUGCUGUAUCAAAAUGCCCUCAGCCGCAGCUACUUUGGCAACCGAUGCACGGCCGACCCCGCAGCAGGCGCCACAGGAGCAGUUGAAGGAGGCGAGGCAGCAGCCCGCGGCGGCAGCUCUACAUCCCGUGCGCGUACGGCGCUGCCUGCCGCUGUCGACACAGAACCACGGCACGGAGGGGACAUUGCAGAUCCCAGUGUAGCCUUGCCAGCAACUCUGGCGGCUGCGUCUCACAUGGGCCAGGCCGGUGGCGUAGCGAGCAGGAACAGCGAGGAAGGUGCCAACGCGGCGGAUGCAAACGGGGGCGGAUCGGACGGGGACGAGGUCAGGGAGCUGGCAGCGCUGCCACCCGUCCUGUUCGACUUGUUCUCGCUUUGCCCUGAGAAGCUUCAAGCCCUGGCAACACAGCUUCUGCUGCUGGAGCCGGCGGCGACGGCUGGCGUUGCAGGCGGUGACGCGCGAGGCGGCACCAAAACCUGGAAGGGCGUGGUACGGGUUCCGGCCUGUUGCUCAGCCGCUUCGCUGGAUGGCAGGGCGUCAGCGGCGGUGCCGACCGCGGUGGCUGGACCAGUUUGCCGGGAACUGCCUGCACCGUCACUUCAGCCGUGGGCAGCGGGAGGCGGAGACGCAUGCCAGCCCACAUCAGCAUCAGCAACCAACGUCUUCAGCACGGAUGCAGCCGUACGGCAAACACCCAGUUUUACGUUGCUCAUGCCAGCGCAACACGGGCAGGGCGACCAGCAGCCGCAGCAGCCUGCUGGUAGCAAGGGAGAUCAGACAGUGACAGUUGCGGUGUCGGCAGGUGCCGCCGCCACGGCCUCCACAACCACCACGGCCGCCCCCUGCACGCCGUCCCGGCACAGCGCACCUUUGGGGCACGUUCCGUCUAGCAAUUUCUCAGGGCAUCUGCUGCCGCUGCCCCUGCCGCAGCACGACACGCAGGGCAGCAUCACCCCGACAUUUUACUCCCCUGACAAUCGUCACCACGAUCAGCAUGACUACCCGAGCCAGCCAGCUCAGCCACACCUGCAUCCGCAACAGCUGUCACUACCUGCGCAGGCGCUGCCGGCGAGCGCGCGGCAAAGCGCAAACGGCGGCAGCCUGACACACCGGCAACACAGCCAACAGGGCUACCAGCCCUUCAGCGUCACCGGCAUGACCUCUGCUCACGUCUCAGGCGUCGCCGGCACGUCAGGUGCCAUCGUGCCCGUCGGGCUGGCGGCCAGCGCCGCUCAUAACACAGCCUCGACGAGCGCGCUGUCUACAGCACUCGCCACCAGCACCAUAGCAUUGACGAUUGAGCAGCAGCCGGGGCUCGCGUCGGCCAUCGCUCACUCGUUGCCACUGGACGCACGCACGGAGGUGCAGCAGAUACGGGCGUUCGCCACCACAAGUGGCAUGCUCAGCAGCGGCUUCAGCGGCCCCAUCGCAGCCGCCUCGCUGGAAAACAGCCAGCCGCUGCUUCUUGUCGGUCAGCCGUGGGAGGAGCAGGCUCCUGGCGGCACGGCCAGGUCACGGCUGCUUGUACCUCCCACCGGCAGCGGUGGCGAGGUAGCAAGCUCGGGUUUUACUGGUGAGCACGCCAGUGGCUUCCGGGAAGCCGCGCCCACCGUCAGGCGAGGCGGCAGCUCCGACUUCAGCGCAAAGGAGCGCUCCGACUUCAGCGCAAAGGAGCGCAUACUGCUGCCUCUGUCGGAGCGGCUCGUCCCCAGUGGAACCCCGCGGACUAGCCUCGCUGGCAUACCCGAAAUAGGAAGCUUCCAGAUUGGUGAGCGAGGUGGUACGGACAGCGGUCGUGGCGCCGCCGAAGGGACUGGCAGCGGCGCGGACGGGCAGCAGGUGCCCUCGCCUGAUAAGGACCGCUUUAACAGCUGGAUCCAGUGCAUGAUGAAGGUGCCACUGCCGGACACGUCCGCGGCCGGGGCUGCGGGCCGUGGGCCUUACAGUCAACAGCACCAACAGCACCCGCACCAGUCGCAGCAGCCAGGGAUGCCGCGACAGGAGCAUGAGCCGCUAGCACUGUGGCCAUAUGGUGGUGGCAGUCCAGGCUUGGCGGGACCGCAGCUGAAGCUCCAUGCGCGGCCGCCCUCAUUCCCAGGCAGGGCCGCUGCCGGCGGCACUUCCUGCCAGCUGCCGGCGCCAGUUGUGCCCCGCAGGAGCAUGAACAGCAUCAGGGGCGAGAUGCCGGCCUGGGACGGCGCAACCGUUGGCAGCCGUGUGAACAGCCGAGCUUGCAGUGGCGUUUCUGCACAGUGGGUUGACAUGGGCACCCACUCGUUCACCGCUCAGCAAGCGCCUGCUGCUGCGCGUGCACCAGCGCCCUAUUGGGGCAGCCCUUCGUGCCCACUGCCGCGCAUGCCAGCCUCAAUGCCCAGCGCAGCCGCUGCCUCGGCAAUGCCGGCUAGCAACCUGGCAGUGCCAGGCACCGGGACUCCGCUGCAUGGCAGCAGUUCAGAGCAGCCGCGCCCGGCGCCUCAGGGCAGGGCGACGCGCACCAGCGACGGCAUACUGGCCGCGGCCGACGCGCCGGCGUCCGGCGUCAGCGCCGGCUCUAGUGGCAGAGGUGGUGGCGGCAGCGGCAGCGGUGGCAUAAAUGGCAGAAGGGGGCGGCCGCGCGGCACGGUUGGCGGCGGCAGGGUAAUCGGGGCGGACGUGACGCUUGUGCGGCAAGCCCUUGCCCCACGCAUGGCAGCUGCGCGCGGCCGACGCGGCAGCCCGUUCACUGCCAGUGCCAGCCAAGUGGCAGUGGCGUCCGCUGCGUUGACCUCAGGAGGCGGAGCCGCCGGAACCGCUAUGACUGCCACCAGCGGGUCCGACAUCCACGACGGAAUAGCCAUCUCCACGACUGGUGAGCUCAGCAACACAACCAGCGAGUGCGCGGUGCACGAGAGCGAGCACAGCAUGCGGGCAUCGUCCAAAAUGUCAGAUCUUCGACUGCCGGUGCGCAGCCAGAACGGAGUCCAGGCCUCGAUCGGCUCCCGCAGCUCGCACGGCGGCUCCUGGGAUGGCUACAGCAGCACACAGGACAUUGGCGUGCUCCCGGCCGAGCCCCGGACACGGGUCGCAAGUGAGGUGUGCACCGGUGGCAGCGGCUGGAGGCCCUUCGUGGAGUCAGUGCCUGAGGCGGAGCCCACCGUUAGCAUCGCAGCAGACGAGCUGGACGUGGCGUGUGAGGCACGGGCGGGGCGGGACGGGCGUGGCAGCAGCGAUCAGUUGCUGCGUGUGGGCCAGCUGGUGCAGCAUCGCGACAGCAGCGCGUCUCUCACUUUGUCCGUGGGCGGUAGUCAAGCUGCUGUGGCGACAGCGGCAGCCACCAUCAGCAUAUCCGUGGGACUGGCGCCGCACACAGUCGCAGGCGCGCUGCCAGACCUGAUGACCCAGAGCAGCGGCGCUGCACGGCAGCCUAAACCACUUGUUCCUACGGCCGACGAGGUGCCAGCAGGCUCCACUCAAGCGCAACCUGCUGCUGCGGCGUCUAAGACUGCAGUAGAUGCGGAGCCAGGCGUCCGCGCUGGCGUCCCCCCUACGGCGCUUGCUACAACCACAAUGUGGACAGCAGUUGCGGCGGCGACGUCCGCUGCCUCAGCGGGCGAGGUCACGCCGCCCAACCUGCAUAUGCAGCUUGAGCCACGGCCGGUCCUCCUCGUCGAUCAGCCGCCAGCAGCAGGGCCCAAAAGCAGCAGCAGUGGUGGCCUGUGCAGCCCCCAGGGCGAGCCGUCGCUGGCUGUGCUAAGGUUCACGCCUGCAGAUGCAGCCCUGUUGACGGCCGCGCUCCGCAGCGCUGGCGGCCGCAGCGGCGGCGGCUACGGCCAGGGCGGGCCGGACGCUGGUGUCGCUGCGGGCAACCCCCUUGUCAGCCGCAUGCGCGCGGCAGGCGGCAGUGUGGGCGGCAGACUAGACAUGAUGGAUCGCACCAGCAACGGCAGCGGUGCGGGCAGUGGGACUGGCAGCGGUCUUGGCGCUGGAUGCACUUCCAGUCUGUUCUGCGCCACCCUCAACCAGUUCCCGUCAGGCGGCGUGGGCCCCGCAGGCAUGUCCACCGGUGGUCCCGUCGGCACAUCUAUCAGCGGCAGUGGCCCACAGCGCAACCGGCUCCUGCUGGCAAGUGCGAUGUCGACUCUUGACCUUCGCAUCCAGCUCACGGGCACCAAAGUUUACGCCCAGGACCGGCUGAGGGCGCUGCGCCACGGCUCGGGUACCGGGUCGCUGUCCGGUGAGAGCUCGCAGCCCGGCACGCCCAGUCUCUUUUCACCCUUGCCCACGGACCCAGCAUGCCGGAGGCCGCAGCCGUUUGCGGAGGAGCCGCUAGCGCCGCCCCUAGAGCCGAAGGCUGGGCCGCGUAUACCCAGUAUGGGCUACAGGCGUUCUGAUUCAAGCAUGCUCUCAGACCGGCGGACAACCACUUUGGGGCACGGCCGAGCCCAACGGAUGGUGUCCGGCACCGGGUCACAGACGCUGCUUGAUGGCGCGAUGGUGGCAUCCAACACGGCGAGCGCAGCAACAAAUGGCGCGCUCGGCGUGGGGCCGUGUGAGCUUCUGGGACCAGUGUCGGUUGACGUCGUCGCCAUGGCACAGCAAGCAGCGCCACCCGCGAUGUCACACCUGGCCGUCCUGAGGGCAGCGUCGGGUGCUGAGCCGUCGGGCGGGUUCGUGUCGGCCGCCGGGGCGCAAAGCGCGGCGCUGGGUGCAGCCGGGCGCAGCGGCAGCGGCCACACCUACCACCGCAUCAUGGCGACGGUGCAGCCGGAGCCGUCGACCGGUGGCCGGGUGCUGGUGAUCAUGCAGACGGACGUGAGCGCCAAGGUGGCGGCUGAGAGCCACGCCGUCCUGGUGGCUGAGACGCAGCACCGGCUGCUGGAGCAGAUCUACCCGCACCACGUGCUGGCGGCGCUCAUGGAGCAGCUGGUGCAGCAGCAGAACCAUACCACGCAGAUCCUGCAAGACGCCAGAGAGGCGAUGGUGGCAGCGGAGGCCGCGGCGGCGCGCGCCGCGGCAGUGGCGGACCUGGAGGCGUCAAGGGCUCUGUUCCAACCCAGCGGCGGACAGCACUACCUUCGCCAGCUGCAGCAGGCGCAGCUGCAGAUGUCCGGCCAACAUGCAUAUAGCAGCGCCUUCUUCACCAGUGGAACGCUCGAUGCACUGGAGGCGCACUACAGUGUCAACCUGCCCCGCGCCGCUUCUGAGCAAGCCGGGAGCAGGUUGUCAAGGGACGCCGGGAGCCUUUCCGUCACGGUGACGGGCGCAGCGCAUGCUGCCGCGGACGCGGCGGAGGCUGCAGCUGCGGACGCGGAGGCCGCAGCAGCGGCUUUGAGGCGACUGGAGCGCCGGGCUGGGCUGACUGUACAGAGCCCGCCUGCGUUCACCGGUCACGGCGAGUUGGCCCGGUUCCACCCUCAGGUGUCGGUCCUAUUCGCGGACAUCAAAGGCUUCACAGCGCUGUGCAAGGACAUUGACCCGGAGGCCGUCAUGCGGAUGUUGAAUGACCUCUUCAGCCGCUUCGACAACCUACUGGACCAAUACGGGCUGCGCAAGAUGGACACAAUCGGGGACGGCUACGUCGUGGCGGGCGGUCUCACGCGCGUGGAGUCAGACAGCUGUGGCCCUACCGGCGGCGGCGCCAUGGGCACGCAACCACUGGGGCCGCACGCCGCGGCGCCAGACAGCCGUACUGCCGCAGCUUGUGACUCGACGGCUGCUGGGGCUGAUGACACAGCGCUCGCGGCACAGGGCGCCGGGGCGAAGGCCUCACCGUCGUUUACGGCGCAGUUCUCACCACCGCAGGCAGCACGUGCGGUAUUCAAGUUCGCGCAGGCGAUGCUGCGGGCGGCUGAGAAGGUUCGGCGGCCCACCACAGGCCAGCCGGUUCAGAUCCGCAUCGGCAUCGCGACGGGCCCGGUCGUGUCCGGUGUGGUGGGCGCGACCAAGCCCAAGUACAGCCUCUUCGGUGACACGGUGCAUGCCGCCAACCGCCUUGAAAUCGCGGGUGAGCCGGGAUCCAUCCACGUCAGCAGCGCUACGUAUGCGCUGCUGGUGGGCGACAGUCCGCACCAUCACCAAGACCAGCCGCCGCGGCACCAACUGCUUCAGCACAUGGACGGCGGCAGGUGGUCAAGCACCGCGGCCGGCAUGCAGCUACGCGGCGGCGGACCUGUGGAGGCAACGUUCGUCUGGACACCUUCCGCGUAAUGCAUGUCCUGUCUCUUGACUCGAUGAGUAUGCUGAAACGCAUCGAGGUCCCAAGCGCAAUGGCGUCGCAAGUAUACAUGCUACCGCAUUCGUAAAUGUACAAUGGUAGACCUAAUACGGACUGUCAACAUGCUGAGCGCCCAGAGGCUACACCUGUUCUGAUAGUUGGAAAACCGAAACAACUGCAGAAGAUGACAUUCACAUUCAGCACGAUAUCUGCCGCCGUCUCGGCGCACGGGUGCAAGGCCACAGCAAGCUCAAUGAACCAUGGGCUGAGCUUGCAAUUUUGUGCAAGGCCCCUGUGCAAUGUCUGUGCCAGGGCCGCACGUGUGUGACGUGCGUUUUGAAAGAGACGGGGCGUGACGUGCAAUUGACAUACGAUAUUUAUGCGAAUUGACAUUCAUGUGGAUUGCGGGCGCUCUUCCUGGAAUUGGGUGCGGGUAUGCUUGGUGCAUGAAUUGUGCUUGUGCGGCGCCAGCUGUGGCAGAGCACAGCUGAGCACGGUAAGCACUGACAGGAUGGCAGAUAGUACACAUGCUGGAUGGAGCGUGCUCUCGCACGUGCUGUUGCAUUUAGGUUCGGUGGGUAGUUUUGUAGGUACAGUUUUGUCAUCAAGGCAACGCUAACACAUGAGCAUAAGGCAACGUUUCCAAGUGAUGUCGGGCCGAGUAUUUCAAUGUUAGUACGGUGUUUGGCAACGCUUAGCGAUUACAGUGCCCUCCACGGGUGCGACAUGCCCCCAUGGUGUGUUGGGGCCAUCCGUGGCAAGCGCCAACGCGGCGUCCUCACACGUCGAAGCGAUGUGUUGAGCUUGCGCCUCGGACAGACGACCACUCAGGACGGUGUAAGAGGGCUAGCGC